AGUGGCGCUAUAACGUUACUGUUACGGCUCCCCUAGAGCGACGCAACGACGAUCCAGCACAAACCUAGCCCAGCCCCCCACAGUUAAACCGGCCUACCUCCGUUCAACAAGGGCAGAAGCGCGGCUGUUGAUUGAGCUCCUGCUGUCGCUGCUGGCAUUUUACCCAAGUCACUGUAAAGGAGCAGUCCAGGGGUAGUUUCCUUGAUGUUUUUUGGGAUGUUGCUACUACAGACAACUGGUCGGUUCAAAGGGUGUUUUUAUAGUUUCUGUGACACUAUUGUUAGCUAACGGCAGCUAGGCACAAAGGUGUUCAGUUAGCUACUAGCCGAUGUUAGCUAACAUUAACUAGCCUGCUAACAACACAACCGGUGAGGACAAGUGCAUCCCUGUGCUACCAUUCUCGGGUUGUUCUCUACUGACUCGCUUCGGGAGCUAUGUAAACUGCGUUGUGAAAGCUGCUUACUGCAACGGUAGUCAACUGGUUGUAUUAGCAGCCGCCACCCAUGACUGGGAUACUUCAAGCAACGUUUCUACAUCGCUCGGUCGCUGGCUGCAUGUUUUUCGGCUAGCCAAGACAGAGCUUCGGUCUGAUUCAGGGAUGGUGGCGCUAGCAAAACAAGCUAACGUGACUGUCUGUGUGAAGAACCGAGGAGAUACUUCAGUGAAGUGGGAGUUCUGAGUUUUGUUUAUGUUAAUUGUAAUUCCGGGGUGGAUGACGCUAGGACGAACCUGAUGGUCCUUGAACGCAUCUGAACUGAAACUGGGAAUAUCGCUGGCAGAGCGAAGGGAUUAUUUUGUCUCUGAGUGGAUUUCCCUCUCCUAAUCGGAUCGACGUGGGAUCGUGGUCAGUGUUUUGGCAUUGAGUGCGCCCACUCCCCAAAAAGAUCCGCUACCCCAGCGACCUUCCCCUUGCUUCAACCUCCGAUGUAGCACCGGCAAGCGAAUCCCCACAGCGGCCGGACAUGCUGAAGUGUAUCCCCUUGUGGCGCUGCAAUCGCCACGUUGAGUCGGUGGACAAGCGACACUGCAACUUGCAGACAGUCCCUGACGAGAUAUUUCGCUAUAGUCGUAGCCUGGAAGAGCUUCUUCUCGAUGCCAACCAACUCAAAGAGCUACCAAAGCCUUUCUUCAGACUACUGAAUCUACGGAAGCUCGGUCUAAGUGACAAUGAGAUCCAGAGACUCCCCCCUGAGGUGGCCAACUUCAUGCAGCUGGUGGAACUUGACAUCUCCAGAAACGACAUUCCUGAGAUCCCAGAGAGCAUUAAGUUCUGCAGGGCCUUGGAGAUCGCAGACUUCAGUGGAAAUCCCCUCUCCAGAUUGCCGGAUGGUUUCACUCAACUCCGAACAUUGGCUCACUUGGCACUCAACGAAGUUUCACUGCAGGAGUUGCCCAACGACAUUGGAAACCUGGCCAACCUAGUGACACUGGAGCUCAGGGAGAACCUGCUGAAAUCUCUGCCCACGUCACUCUCUUUCCUGGUGAAACUGGAACAGCUGGACCUGGGCAACAAUGAACUGGAAAUUUUGCCGGACACCCUUGGCGCUCUCCCCAAUCUGAGGGAGCUGUGGCUGGACCGUAACCAGUUGUCUUCAUUACCACCAGAGCUGGGAAAUCUUCGUAGACUGGUGUGUCUGGAUGUGUCAGAGAAUCGCCUGGAGGAGCUUCCGUCAGAGUUGAGUGGCCUCCUUGCGCUCACUGACCUGCUGCUCACACAGAACCUGCUGGAGGUCAUCCCAGACAGCAUAGGCUGUCUGAAACAGCUCUCCAUCCUGAAGGUGGACCAGAACAGGUUGACCCACCUCACUGAUUCAAUAGGAGAGUGUGAAAAUCUCACAGAACUCAUCCUGACAGAGAACCUUUUACAGUCACUUCCUCGCUCGCUGGGCAAGCUGAAGAAGCUGACCAACCUGAAUGUAGACCGCAAUCGCUUGGGCGGUGUGCCCAAAGAGCUGGGUGGCUGUGCUAGCCUCAACGUUCUCUCACUGAGAGAUAACCGCCUGGGCAAACUGCCUGCUGAGCUUGCAGAUGCCACAGAACUGCAUGUGCUGGAUGUGGCUGGAAACAGAUUACAAAACUUGCCUUUUUCCCUGACAAACCUCAAUCUGAAGGCCAUGUGGCUUGCAGAGAACCAGUCACAGCCUAUGCUCAAGUUCCAGACAGAGGAUGAUGAGCAAACAGGAGAGAAGGUGUUGACUUGCUAUUUACUGCCCCAGCAGCCGUCCUCCAGUCUUGAGAACUUGCUACAGAACAGCGUGGAUGACAGCUGGACAGACAGCAACCUGAACCGAGUGUCAGUCAUUCAGUUCCAGGAAGAGACCAAGACUGAGGAUGAUGAAGAUGCAGCCGCUGCAGAGCACAGAGGUCUUCAGCGCAGAGCCACACCACACCCCAGUGAGCUAAAGGUGAUGAAGAAGGUGAUUGAAGAGAGGAGGAAUGAACCUUACAUAUCCAGACCUGAUGGAGAAGAGUCCCCUGACCCACAGGAGAAACGGCUCAGUGACCUCUCCAAUCAGAGCCACGACUCCCAGGUCUCCAACAGCACUCUGUCAGCCACUUCACAUGACGGCAGUCAAAAUGUGGUGGUCAGCUUGCAGAGGGAGGACCUUGUGGAUGGUCACUCCCCUCAGGAGGAGGAGGAGCUGGACGAGAUGGAGGUGGAGUACAUUGAGCCCACUGUGCACUUUGCAGAAGAGCCCAUCAUCCGUGGUGGGGAUGAUGAUGAAGAUGAUGAUGGGGAGAGGAGUGACGAGGAAGACGAGAGGCCUGCUUUUCCCACAGAGAAGCAGCGUCUGAUCAGAAAAGACACGCCACACUACAAGAAGCACUUCAAGAUCACCAAGCUGCCCAAGCCAGAGGCAGUAGCCGCACUGCUGCAGGGCUUCAGUCCGGAUGGGCUCCACUCUUCGACACAGGCCAUGGAGGAUGAGCAGGAUGAGGAGGAAGAGCAGAGUAUUGGCACCCCUCAGCACCACCACAGAAUGGAGGAGCUGGAGGACAGCCGGCAACAGGCCAACUCCAGUCAAGUAAAGGGGGUGUCAUUUGAUCAAGUCAAUAAUCUGCUGAUUGAACCUGCUCGAAUUGAGGAGGAAGAGCACAACCUGACCAUCCUGCGACAAACAGGUGGCCUGGGAAUCAGCAUUGCUGGAGGGAAAGGAUCUACGCCUUACAAAGGAGAUGAUGAGGGAAUCUUCAUCUCCAGGGUAUCUGAAGAAGGUCCAGCAGCCAGAGCAGGGGUUAAAGUGGGAGACAAACUCCUAGUGGUGAAUGGAGUAGACCUCCACGAAGCAGAACAUCACGCAGCAGUGGAGGCUCUUCGUAGCUCGGGGGCUACAGUUUCCAUGACGGUGCUAAGGGAGCGCAUGGUGGAACCAGAGAACGCCAUCACCACCACGCCACUGAGGCCAGAGGACGACUACUUCCCGAGAGAGAGACGGAGCAGCGGGAUUGCCUUCGGCGCAGAGAUGAGUCCUAGCGGGCCUCGACAGCGGCUCUCCACCUGCCUGAUCCGCAACGACAAAGGGCUGGGAUUCAGCAUCGCAGGGGGCAAAGGCUCCACACCCUACCGCACAGGAGACACAGGAAUCUACAUCUCUCGCAUCGCAGAGGGUGGAGCAGCACACAGAGACAGCACACUGCGUGUGGGCGACAGGGUGAUCUCUAUCAAUGGUGUAGACAUGACAGAGGCCAGGCAUGACCAGGCAGUAGCACUUCUUACUGGCACCUCCCCCACCAUCACCCUCCUGGUGGAGCGAGACCUGAAUGCACCAGGGGGCUCUCCAGUUCAGUCCCGGGCACGGGCCCACUCUCCUCCACCACCAGAGCCCUCAGAUUCUCCAGACCAAGAGGAAACAGGCCUUUCCCUUCAUGGGAACCACCUAAGCCGGAUGGAAGACGAGUAUCCGAUUGAGGAAGUGACCCUGGUGAAGUCUGGUGGGCCUCUAGGCCUGAGCAUUGUUGGAGGCAGUGACCAUGCCAGCCAUCCAUUUGGCAUCCAUGAGCCUGGGGUGUUUAUCUCAAAGGUGAUUCCUCAAGGUCUGGCAUGUCAGAGCGGACUGCGUGUCGGGGAUCGGAUAUUAGAAGUGAACUCCAUUGACCUGCGUCAUGCCACACACCAGGAGGCUGUGCGAGCCCUGCUGGCCAACAAGCAGGAAAUCCGUAUGUUGGUACGAAGGGACCCUUCACCACCUGGGAUGCAGGAAAUUGUGAUUAAUAAGCAGCCAGGGGAGAAGCUUGGCAUCAGUAUCCGCGGAGGGGCCAAAGGUCAUGCUGGAAACCCCUUCGACCCCACAGAUGAGGGUAUCUUCAUCUCUAAGGUGAGUUCAAGCGGAGCAGCAGCAAGAGAUGGCCGACUGCAGGUUGGCAUGCGAAUCCUGGAGGUGAACAACCAUAGCCUUUUGGGGAUGACGCACACUGAGGCAGUGCGAGUGCUUCGUGCUGUUGGAGACUCUCUGGUCAUGCUGGUGUGUGAUGGCUUUGACCCACACAAAGUGGCUGCCGUGGAGGCGUCUCCUGGCAUCAUUGCCAACCCAUUUGCAGCAGGCAUUGUACGUAAAAACAGUAUGGAGAGCAUCUCUUCUAUAGACCGAGACCUGAGCCCAGAGGAAAUGGACAUUAUACAGAAGGAGUCUGAAAUGGUGAGAGAGACAUCCCAGUGGGAGCGAGAAGAGAUGGAGAAAGUGGAGCGAAUGCGCUUGGAGCGUGAGGAGGCAACUCGCCUGCUAGAAGAGGAGACUGAGAGCAUUGGCACUGGACCUCUUAAGCUUGACUACAAAACCCUGGCUGCACUGCCUGCCACCAGUCUGCAGAAGGUCAACAGGACGCCUUCCUCUGAUUUUUCCAGGACGGAGAGUCCAAUCAGAGAAGCACCGUACUCCCCCACUAUCCAACCGGCAAACAUUCAUUACACUACCUCCACAGCCAAGGACAACACUUCAUCAUCAACACGACCGGGUGCAAUCCAGCCAGUAGGUCGUGUGUGGGCCAGUACCUCACCUGCCACUCCGGACGGCCACAGCCCCAACCCCUUCCAGCAUGGCCCCUCCCCCUUCAACUCCCAGACCUCUCCUUGCGCCCCCUCCCCUACCUCGCCCGACGAGUUCCCUAUGAAUGUCAAGCAGGCAUACAAGGCGUUUGCCGCUGUGCCUCGCUCGCUGGCAGUGCUGGAACCGCUGCAGGACCCAUAUGCUGCGAGGAACAACUUCCACCCAAAGUACCCUUCUCCAGAGAGUCCUUCUCCUGGAGGCAAGAACAGCCCAGAGCAGCGCUCCUUCAGGGACAGGCAGAAGUAUUUUGAGAUUGACAUGAAGCAGCAGACACCAGACAAGCCCAAACCUCGAGUCUCACUCGUCGGAGAGGAUGACCUCAAGAAAAUGAGGGAGGAAGAAGAGAGGAGGUUUGAGCAGCGGGCACGGGAAUACCUGCUUGAUGAUGAGGAGGAGGAGGAUGAGGAGGAGGACCUGGCUAAGCAGGUGGCACAGAUGAAGGCCACUGGCAAGGUGUUGCUGGAUGGAGUGGAGUAUAAGGUGGAGCCAGUAUCCUCCCCAUCUCAGCUCUGCUCCACACCACAGAGCUAUAGCAGCAGCUUGGGACACUCCUCUGUUGAUGGCAAGGGAGACUCUCAGAGGAAUUCACUGGAGGACAGCUUCAGGCUGGAGCAAAGGCCCAACUCUAUGACUGGUCUGAUCCCAGUGUACCCCGGGGAGUCGGCGGCUCCCAUCCGCACAGCCAAAGCAGAGCGCAGACAUCAAGAUAGACUCCGUAUGCAAAGCCCAGAGUUGGCUGUGACCCCUGACAAGGACUUGUCCCCUGCUGAGAAACGAGCACUGGAGGCUGAGAAGAGAGCCAUGUGGAGAGCAGCACGAAUGAAGUCUUUGGAGCAGGAUGCACUGAAAGCUCAGAUGGUCAUCGCCAAGUCUCGGGAUGGGAGGAAACGUGGGACACUAGACCAGCUGACGGAGUCGCCCUCGCCUGCCCCCACACCCUCACCCACACCGAUGGAGGAGCUCAGUCCUCGAGGAGUCACCUCACCGGGCAGACUGUCCCUGUCGUCAAAGAAGUUUGACUACCGACAGUUUGCUGCCAUUCCUUCUUCCAAACCCGUAUACGACAUCCAGACUCCUGACACAGUUGACAACAUGCAGUCCACUGAUGACGGCUCCGGCAGACCAGGGUCCGCUGCAAGCCCUGAGGCCGAGGUUCCCACCCUGCUGCCUGCCGCCUCAGCCCUGGAGGAGAUGGCCCUGUACAGCAACAAGCGCAAACUGAGGCAGGGCCGCCACAGCCUGGAAACUGCCGUGCCCACAUAACACCCCACACAGAGCAGAAACCCAAACAUGCACUGUGGAAGACUGGUAACACAUGGGUGUAUCCACAGGAGGUGCAGAUUCACUAUACACUACACACAACAUCAGUAGAGCAAGGUUUACUCUCCCAUAUGUAACCACUGCAGAGAAUACAAAGGUAAUAGUUGUUACUCACUCACAUCCAGUGUGCUGCUCUUGCCUUUACAGUCUGUGGAUGAGUUGGCAGGUUGCUCAACAGUCCCUGGAGAGCACAGCAGGAUUAGAUAGGAUUACUGCUUAGAGACCACUCUUUGUUUUGCCCUGUAGAAACUAUUUUACAGGAGGUGACCAAAACUUAUUUUUUGCACCUCCGUUGUUUUUUUUUUGUUUUUUUUUUAAAUAUUCUGGAAGAGAAAAGAAAUGGGUCAUUACUAUACUAACUUCUUGAAUGAUAUUUUUAACCUUUUAGUGAAUAAACUGUAAUACAUCAGGGGUUUCUUGAGACUUGUGCGAACAAGAGUGUAUAUACUGAGGAGGAAACGUUCUGCUACCUUCACAGUCACAAAUUGAGGGCGUCAAGAAAAACAGUACAUAUCAUUAUUGCACUGCCACUGAUUAAUCACUUUUAAAGACCGUAUAUCUUAACUAAUUUAUUGUUUUACUCCAAUUGAAACGGUUCUGUUUUACACUGUUUAACCCAUCCAGCCCAUUUGUGUUCAAGAGGCUGAUUAUCUACCAGAAAAGAGAAAAUCAAUUUGAGUCACAAGCUCAAAGCUUUGAAGCAAUGAAUUGCAUAUCACUUUAUAUCAUUAAAUCUGCUUUAUAAACACUUCUGAAAUUUACCUUUGUUUUGUUGAGGCGAAUAUAUAAAUUAGAAUGCCUGGGGCUGGGCAAAACCUAGAAAAAUCUGACCAGAUGUAUAUUCUGUCCACACUGGAGACAGAAGCAGGCAGAAUACAAGGUUUGCAAACAUGCAUUUUUAACAUUUAUUAAUCAAUGGUACUAGCCCUGCCCUGUUUAGGGCAUUGUUUAACAUUUUAUCAAUGUGAAUCAUGCAUCAUCCUUGCAUUAUCUGGUGGUAUUCCAGAUGUGACGUGAAGGUAGCAGGUGUUUUAUUUUUCUGUCUAAGAUUAAUUUAAAUCUUAUGCCACUGAAAAUCACUUACUAUUGUGUGAAUAAUGUACAAAUAUUGAAAGCAACACAAACUCUGGGUGUGAAACCAAGCCAGUCUUGACCUAGACCGAGUGAGUAUCUGGACUGCUGACACAUCUGGGUCUAAACAGGCUUGGUAUCAGGGUGCUCUCUGCAUGUAUAUUGGUUUGUUAGUGGGAGAGCCACGAGAGGCACUAAUAAUUAGAAAUCCCUCUGAAGAUGUUGAUCUCAUUCAGACAUUCAGCUCAUUGCUUGACACACUGUCCAUUUAUGUAUCCGACUGGUAUUUUUGCAGACUCGCAGCAUAGUAGCAAUUUGUGUUAAUUUAAUGUAGGUUCUUCUAAUGAUAGUUUUCCAUGUUUCUCUCUCUGACUGAAAUUCAGUUUGAUAACAUUUGCAAUGGCUGAUAUCUUUAACUUACAGUUGGUAAAUCUUUUUUUCCCAGGUGGGAUUCACUACAUUAUUAAUGCAGUGUUUUAAGUUUGUUUAUUCCUUUAUCUUUGAGUCUGCUUUGGGGGCUUUUAUUUGCAAACAGGUCGGUGGUAAGGGGUCAGAGGUCCUAGGGUCAAAGGUUAGAGCUCAUACAAGACUGUAACUAGUGAAUUUGUACAACCAAAGAAGUCUAUUUUGUGGUUCAGGAAUAAUAAAUUUUACUUUUCAUUUAAGAAGCUGAUUCACUGUAUUGUGCUUUUUGUCCUUGACAGAUUAAAUGUGGAAAAACCACGAGACAAGAAUGAGACACAUUAGGUACGGAAAGCCAAAAAGGCAGUAUUUGCACAUUGUGUGUCAUUAAUACUUAAAAAUUUGACAUUGUUAACCCGUAAAGUACACGUUAAUGUUAAAAGUUGAUCUUGACCUUUUUGAACAGGCUGUUCCCAAUUGGCUGUGGACAAGUCGGGCUAAACCACUUCUGUAAACUGAAGCAAUGCCCCAACACUACUUAACAAGAACUCUGUCAUCUUAAAAAGAUUAUUUGUUAACAUGUUUGUUGUUUGGGUUUUCAUACAUAUCUAAAUAUUUUUUUCUGUCCAGUACAAUUCACUGCCAGUAAAGGUCACCCUAAUGUUUGAGAUAUGGUUUAGUUAAGUAUGAUGACAUGUCUACCAGCCACAUCAACUUU